CAGCGCUCAGGGGUACGCAAAGUGCACUAAACCGCAGCGAGUAAGGCGGGUUGUAGUUUUUUGCGCCUUCAGUUUGAUAGUUUGCGAGCUGUGGCGACUGCCCAGAAGGACUGCUUUUCCCAGAAACCCACGCGCCCCAAUUAGAAACGUCAACGAGCCAGUGAACAUUAAGCGGAGCAGACCAAAAUCCCAAACAAGGAAAUGGUGGGGGAAUAAAACGACCAGAUUAUUUAAUUAAUGCAUGUAAUAAUUAAUAUUUUAUUUUAUUGUAAUUUAAGACGUAUUUAUGGGUUAAAAUGGAUUACGACUUCAAAACAAAGCUGGCAGCCGAGAGGGAGAGAGUAGAAGAUCUGUUCGAAUAUGAAGGUUGCAAAGUGGGUCGAGGCACCUACGGGCACGUUUAUAAAGCUAAGCGCAAAGACGGGAAGGAUGAGAAGGAAUAUGCACUGAAGCAAAUUGAAGGCACUGGAAUAUCUAUGUCAGCCUGCAGAGAAAUUGCUCUGUUACGAGAACUGAAGCACCCGAACGUUAUUGCCCUUCAGAAAGUGUUUCUGUCCCACAGCGACAGGAAGGUGUGGCUCCUGUUCGACUACGCCGAACAUGAUCUGUGGCACAUCAUUAAGUUCCACCGCGCCUCCAAAGCCAACAAGAAGCCCAUGCAGCUCCCCAGAGGGAUGGUGAAAUCUCUCCUGUACCAGAUCCUGGAUGGGAUCCAUUACCUCCACACCAACUGGGUGCUCCACAGGGAUCUGAAACCAGCCAACAUCCUGGUGAUGGGAGAAGGUCCGGAACGAGGGAGAGUUAAAAUUGCUGACAUGGGGUUUGCCAGACUCUUCAACUCUCCCCUGAAGCCCCUGGCAGACCUGGACCCCGUGGUGGUGACCUUCUGGUACCGGGCCCCUGAGCUGCUCCUUGGGGCCCGGCAUUACACCAAAGCAAUCGACAUUUGGGCAAUUGGCUGCAUCUUUGCGGAGCUGCUAACGUCGGAGCCCAUCUUCCACUGUCGCCAGGAGGACAUCAAGACCAGCAACCCUUUCCACCAUGACCAGCUGGACAGGAUAUUCAGUGUCAUGGGUUUCCCUGCAGAUAAAGACUGGGAGGACAUCAGAAAGAUGCCAGAGUAUCCUACACUGCAGAAGGAUUUCAGGAGGACAACGUAUGCAAACAGCAGCCUCAUCAAGUACAUGGAGAAACAUAAAGUGAAGCCUGACAGCAAGGUUUUCCUCCUGCUCCAAAAACUCCUCACCAUGGACCCCACCAAGCGAAUCACGUCGGAGCAGGCUCUGCAGGACGCCUACUUCCUGGAGGAGCCUUUACCAACCACAGAUGUGUUUGCUGGCUGUCAGAUCCCCUACCCAAAGCGAGAGUUUCUUAACGAAGAUGAGCCUGAAGAGAAAACAGACAAGAACCAGACCCAGCAGCACCAGCAGACGACGGGCCAGACCCAGGCCCAGACCCAGCAGCAGGCAGCGGCCCAGCAGGCCCCCUCCCAGCAGAGCUCGGCUCAGACCAACGGCACCACGGGGGCCACUGGGGCAGCCGGGGGAGGCGGCAUGCAGCAUGGGCAGGACCAGGGCCCGCCUAACAAGAAGCCUCGGAUCGGGCCCUCUGGGGCUUCCUCCGGCACAGGGGUGCUACAGUCGGAAUAUCAGCACUCCAGCUCCCGGCUCGGUUACCAAAGCAACGUCCAAGGGUCCACUCAGUCUCAAAGUACCAUGGGAUACUCGUCAUCGUCCCAGCAGAGUUCCCAGUACUCCCAUCAGACACACCGCUACUAGGAGCCGUAGAAUCGCCUCCAGACCACCUGCCCCACUUGACCCUUCACCCCCUGCUUUGGAACCAGCAGAGGAUGCAACUCCUCAUCUUUAACCGACACCCAGCAGCCUUCCUCGCCUCGGUCGGACCCCUAAUCUUAGGUGACGUCAUUCCAAUUUGGCCUUCCUCCGUUCGAAGCUGCUCUCAUCUGUCAUCUUAUUGUCUGAAACAUGAAGGCAAACACAAAUGGGAGCCAAAAAAAAAAAGACAAGUUCUGCCUUGUGGGGUGAAACUAAAGGAAACAAAAUGCAAAAGGGAAGUGAAGGCAUCACGCAAACUGAGAAUCAUGGCACUUAUAAAUGCAACGUUCCUCAGCAGGACGACUUGCAGCUGUGUUCGUAUAUGUAUAUUAUAUAGCACCUUUUUCUAUUUGAUUCUUUUUUUUUGUUCUCUUGCUCGUUUGCUAGACUUUCGGAGUUUACCUUGAUAGUUGAUGUCACUCGAAAUAUUGUUACACAUGGGAGCAACGGGAUGCAAUGAAACGGUGGUGGAGCAGAACUUCAUCCUCGUCUCCGUCGUCUAAUCAGAAGAAAAGGAGUGUUGGAGUUAACCCUGUCCACCUAAAUGCAACCAUGACCCACAGACUCCUGUUCCCACACAGCGGGGGGGAAACGUCAGCUGUUGAGCUGAUGUCAGUGCAGGGAAAUAUUAAAACGCAGUUUAUUGGAAGCUUUGUAAUAUAGACUUUGUAUAUUUAGAUCCUACUCAUCUCAACCUGGAUUUGGAGAGCGAGAGAAGCAGUCGUCUUUAUAGAGCGCCACCUUCUGGGGGUUCCGCUUUUUGCCGGCGAUGACGGUAGUUUCAGGAGGCCAGACUCUUCAUGUUUGUGCUGCUGGAAACUUUGCUCUGAUACCCAUCUUAUCUCGGACCAUCAGAACUUUGAAGGUCUUUUUUUUUUUACUAGUAUUUUAAACACAGAUGUAACGUGCGCAUUACGUACAGGGCAGCUAAAAUUACCCUGCCUUCCCCCCGAAAUAUGAUUCUUGAGACUGUUACUGCCUAAUGUCAGAUUUUUAUUUUUUUUUUAAGGUUUAAUUAUUACCAACAGUGUGUAAGAGUGUGUGUGCAUGUAUGAAUUUUUAUUUGCAUGUUUUUUCAAACCUACCAGAAUUGCACUGAGCGCUGAACCCGUCUGCAACGAGCUGGAACAAACGCUGGGUGAGUUUUUGUCACCUGAACUUUUGCCUUUUUUUUUCUGGGACAAAUUUGCCAAAAUGUGACAAACAGUUGUUUGUCAAUAGCCUCAUUUGGCCACAUUUAGAGAUAAAGGGUGCGUUCUUUACUACCACUAAUAUGUUCAAUCUUUUAAGUUUAUUAACACUAUGAAUGCCAUAUUUGUUUUUAACUUCAAUAAAUUUUGGAUUUAUUCUGGCUUUUUACAGAGCCAAAAUCAUACAGUGCAUAUGUGCAUGCACCCCCACUGGUAUUUAGAUGAAGUAUGUCUUUUUAGCAAGUUGCAUAGAAACCACAUGAUUUGUUUUGCCAGCAGCAGCUUAUUUCAUAACUCACUCUUCCUACCAGAAUCGGUCCAGCUUAUUGAAAGCUGUUGGUUUCCAAGCACAGAGCUGGAUUGUGAGCAUAAUCCAAACAUUUUCCACAUGUUUAACAUUUGGAUUGUCCAGAAACCCAAUGUUAGCCUUCAUUAUCUUUUGGAAAAGUGAUACAAAAGUGACUCUUUUUCACACUCAAAUGGUGUAUUCCACAUUCAUCCAUCUAGCUGAUGAGUUGAAACUAACUGAUGAAUUACUUGGUAGCCCUCCUUCUUCAUUGACCGCAGCUCGGCCUGGCUGACCCUAUUCCUGCCCUGGUUGUGUUUGCAUUGACCAGAGUUCUGCCUUCAAAGUGGGUGUACACCGUCAUACCAAACCGCAAACUUCCGGAAAUGUUCCCAGAUUUCAAAACUAUGGUGAAGUGGCGUUUGUAAUUCCACUGUCCAAUCAGAUCAACAUCAAAGCACAAGCAAGUGAACAUAAUUCAGUUGCAAUCGUUUAAUUUCAAUGUGUUUUUGUACGUAUUGGGGCCACAGUUGGUGGUUUCUUUGUCACUGCAGAGAAAAAGUCGCAUGUAUUUAUCUGCUUGAUGUGUGAUCUGUUCAGCUUGUUGAAUAUUUAAUGCAGUUGAAUUUGUUAUGCAUGUCAUUUAAAAAUCGACAGGGAAAAACAGAUGAUGACAGGAUGUUUUUGACGCUGCCGGUCAAAAUGAUGGAGAUUGAGAAAGUCUAAACGCUCCUCUGCCUGAAAGAUCUGGGAGAUGACCCGUGUUGGUACCCGGCCCCGCAGCCGGUGAACCAAUCAAUAGCCAAGUCUCGUCUGGGGGGCACAGAAUGGAACCAUAUCUCUUGAUAAGAGGUGAAGGUAAAACUGUGCCACUAGAGGAGUUCUGGGUAGGAUAUAUUUGCAAAGUAAAUUUAGUCUAUUUUUUAUUUUUUUGAGUCCAUGUACUCCAGUUAACGAUUAAUCAAUCAGCCCUAAAACUAAGCUAACAUAUUUCUUUUUUUUUAAACAUUCUUUAUUUAAGAAUAUUAUGAAUCCAACAUAUAUACAUAUCUAUAUUUCUACAUGCACUUACAUAAUACAACAAAAAAAAAGAGAGAGAGAGAAAAAGGGGGAGCUCAGCAAACAUUUAAAUCCAUUUUGGCAAUUGACAUUUCUUAGAAAGGUCCUCAUGGGCUCACAUGAAAGGGAGGUGUACAUAUCCAGUGUCUUCCAUUUUAAAAGAGACAUUCAAAGGGGCCUGGCACAGCUUUUUAUAACCCAUAGCAUCUUUAUCCGUGUGGCCAUCCAAAGUGGGAAAUAGCUGGGGUCCAUACACUCAGAAAGAUGUCCAUUUUUACACAACGUUUUGCUGUUAUCUUUUCCAUUAUAUACACAUUCUUCAAUUUUUCACCCUCCAUUGUUGAAGGGUGGGAGGCAAAAGCUUGAGCCAGGACAGAGUUAUCAUUUUCCUUGCAACCAGUAGCAGAAUCUGUAGUAACUGGACCCAAUAUUUUCUCCUGAGGUCAAACCCAAUAUAUAAUGCAGUGGGUUCAGUGGUAACGUGAACUUAAAUAUUUUUUACAUUUCUGUCUGAACCUCCUGCCAGAAUGGAAUCAGUACUGGGAAUCAGUCCCAAAAAAUGUGAGUGUGAUCCCCAAUCUGAUUCCAGUUCCUCCAGCACAAAUUUGUGGCAUUUCUGUCGUAUUUUGAAAUAUUGAAAGGUGUUUUGAAGAAUCUCAUUCUUAAUUUCCAAUCAAAUUCCUUCCAACCUGGACUUUGGGUGAUCUUAAAACCUUUUUCACAAACCUCCUCUCACUCCUCAUCUUCAAUAAUAAUAUUUGUUUCUUGUUCCCACUUUUGCUUUAUAUCUAUAGAAUUGUCAGAGAAAUGCAUCUGUAAAUGUUUAUGUAGAUUAGAUAUAAUAUUCCUCUUAUUAUUUUCCUCUACACAUUUUAUCAGAAAUAUUUCUAAAGGUAAUUUUUGUUUACCUUUUGUUUCAAGGUAGGCCAUUCUUUGUGUGAUAAAAAGGUAAUCCCUUAAUUGUAAGUACUUAUAGAAAUCUUUUGAGCAUAAUCCAUAUUUAUCUUGUAACUGCUUAAUUGACUUAAGUCUUAAGAGUUUCUCCACUGAAUAACUGAUUAAUUCUUAUUAAUCCUUUCUGUGCCCAUCUCUGAUAACCCGUAUCCAGUUUGUUUGGAAAAAAGUCAGUAAUUUUUAUUUUUAUAAAUGUGUGAUAUUGUUAAAGGUGCUCCUACGCUAACGUAUUUCUAUCAGCUUUCCUUGUGGUUUCUCUGGAACUUUCUGACAGACAUUAAACCAAAUAUCAGUUUGGGUAUAUGUAUAUGUUUGAGCCAGCAUAUAUAAUUGUGAUGCUGUGUGGAAUAUUUAAAAGUUGUGCAUCAAAUUCCUGUUUUUAAUAUUAAUAGAACACGUUUGGAUCAGCGCUCCGUCGCUUUUGGCUUUUCCCUUCAGAGGGCGCCAUGGCAAAUCUUCUGCAUUGCCUACGCUCUCACCAACCAGAGAGCCUAGGCCAACCAAUGUUCAUAACACUACACAACCCCAAACAGAACAGUUACAGUCCAAAAUUCAUAUGACAUCAUUAGACCCGGUGAGUUUAUGUAAACUUCAGAUCGGCCCUGCAGAUGUUUUGCAUUUCAUAAUUAGGAGCUCUAAUGUAGAGCGUUUUCUCCUCUCUUAUUUUUCCCUGAAUCUUCCAGACUAAAACAGUUUUUCUUGGACCAAUUAUUUGUGCAGUUGGGAAGAAGCAGGAAGAUUAUUCUUCAGUUCAGAAGUUUAUUUAAGAGGAAUUUUGCCACACAUUUUUGUUCCAUGAAGUUAAUGGAAGUAAGGAUUCAUAUCCAAUCAGCUCUCCUGAAGUCACACAGCUGCCUUCCUAUCUACUUGACUGGACUGUUGCAAACCUGAGUGAAGUUGACCCCCUCCACUUUCUUCAAAUCAAACAAAUUUGGUGUGGAACGUUUAUGCAGCAGAAAUCUUUGUUUGUUCUUUUUUUUUUUUUUUGAGGAUAUGAAGGAUUUACAUCGUUGAAAGGUCAACCAAUCCUACCUCACACUAACCAAAUAAGAACAAAAUCGGUCAAUGACUUGUGCUACAUUUGUAAUGGUUUAUGCUGCUAAAAAGGUUUUUGGUCCCAUUAUAAUUUUGUGUGUGGUUCUCUACCCCUGCACCACCACAGCACCUUUAAAUUUUAAAAACAAUAUCUUCAUAACAAAAGCAGCACAAAUGUAGCAGAGUUGACCAGUUUUGUCUCUUGCAACUUUCAUUAACAUCUUUAAAAUGAUAAAGGCACAAACACACAUUUUUUGCUGCAGAGGCGUUUGACACCAGUUUGAUUUGGUUUGAAUAAGGUUAAGUGUGGGAGAGAUUGUUAACUCCACUCAGGUUUCAUUGCAGACAGAAGGCCUGACAUUAGACUUUUUCCUCUUUGUUGUGAUCUUCAUGAUGCAUUUCCGUGUGUUUCUAAUGUUUUCGCUUUUGUUGUCAGGCCAUAAUGAGCUCACUACAUUAAAUUAGCUAAACACAUUUAGGAAUCAGUUAGAUAUGAAAUCAUCCUUGGUGUUUUUCUACUCCUAUAUUUGCUGUUUAUUGAGUGAACAUUAUGAACGACCAUUUCCUUCAUCCUUAUUGGUCCCGGCUGGUCAUGUGAUCAGCUGUAAUAAAGGCUGUAUUAAAGAACGCACCCAGUGGGUCCGCUAGGUGUGUCUGUGUUUGCCUUCACGCAGGCUUUAACCCACAAAAGACUUUUUUUAUUUGCCUGAUAGCAUAAGAAAAACACUGACACCUGGUGGCUGAAAGUAGAACUAAACCCUCUGCUUUCAAUUUGCAGGACUUGAUUUGUGGAGGCAGGACAAUGAGCAGUAAACAACUGAAGUAAAACCAGGACAAACUUUUAGAUGAAUAAAACAGUUUAAGAGAAUUAUUACCCAUCAGUUAGUUCCUAAAUUCUAUUUCACACAUAAUCUUGAUAUACAGAUUGCCAUAUGGCAUCUGUAAAGUUGUCUUCCUGACUUUUAUGUUUGUGCUUUUAGUUGUUUUGGCUGAGAUUUCUAAGCAUUCAAGCAGAAACUGAAAGUUUAGUUUUUCUCUGUGAAGUCUGUGUAGUUGAGUUAUUUUGUACGAUGUGUUUUUGUGUGUGUUUUUGUGUGUGUUAUGGCAUUUUGGCAGACAGGAGUCGAAUGGGAAUGGGGGAAGGGAGGGAGGGUUGGGUUGUACACAACGCCGUGGAUCAAAACCAGCAGCUAUAUUUGAAGGUUUUCCUCCUCCCUUCCGCUUGCAUAUGAGAAGGGAGCGGCAGCAAAGACACCUGAAGACACUUUGUUGUACAUUUCUCUCUCCACAAGAAGCGAGGUGUCACAAGUAUUAACUGAGCUCUAGGCACGAGUGAGUGGCAGGUCACCGUCAAACUACUCCUAUGCAAACAAACCCCAGACUGAAGCUCUCACCCAUGCUUAACUUCUGCGAUGAUGACUCCAGCACACACAGUGCUCCUACUUUUGUUCACUUCCUUUUAAAUUGUAUGUUAAAUGUUCUAUUGUAAAAAAAGAAAUGCAUAUAUAUCAAUAUUAUACUAUCAUAUUUAUUAUUUCCAUGCAUCUACAUCUAGCGGACUUUCCUCUGCCUUAACAAUGACAGCUGUAGAAAUGAACCGGGCUGUUUUUAAGCAGUAGCCUACUUUUCCUCCACCAACAUGUGGAUAUGGGCUAUGGGUGCACCGAUUGCAGAUUUCUGGCCGAUCACCGAUCCUUAAAAAGCCUGACCUGCUGAUUCUAAUUAGGCCAUUUUUUUUUAUCUGAAAUGUUGUUAAGUUGGCAACAGCGGGGUGACCAGUUCACAUCACAUGUACUGUAGAUGUGAGCUGGUGGGCGGGUCUAUCAGUCAAACUUCACAUGGCUGAUUUUCAGACCUUUGCUGAGGUCAAUAAGAUCGGUAGAAACGAUCAGCUUCACAUCAGCUGAUCACUGAUGUCCCAAAGUUAAGGAAAUUGUGGCCGAUUUAUCAGUGCACCCAUAAUAUGGGCCCCCUGUGGGUUUUGGUCAGGCAGGUUGAUUUGGGCUCUGUGUAGGGUCCAUUUAAGUUGUUUUAAGAACACCUUCUAGUCUGACCCAGUUGGGUAGCAGGGAUAGCUCCUAGCUGGGUCAAUCUGUUAAUACCUGCCAGAAACGGCAGAGUUCUUGUGGGCCCAGAUUUCCAUCAAACAUCUACCGAACAUUGAUAUUGGACUGUGAAACAGUUUUUGCAAAAACAUUCAUACUCAUUCAUACAUUUCAACUUUUGAAAAACGUUAUGUGCACACAAGCCUCAAGUUGUCUUUUGGGGAUUUUAUGAGAUAAACUAAAACUCAGUAGAUCAUGAUGGAGGUAGGCACCAACAAACUCUGGGGCUUAAAUUCUACAUUGAGUUUUAGGUUGUUGCAGAUCGAUCAGAUUCUGAUCUAUUGAUUUUAAACACUGUAAGUUUUGUAACGACAUUGUAACGAAAACCUAUUUGUAGUGUAGUUUUGCCCUACUACAAAAUGAUUUGACCACCAGACACGCAGGUGUAGACAACGGAUCAAGGGAUGUUUAGAAGAGCUUUUAUCAUUUUCUUUCAACUCCACAAUUUAAAAUUACCUUGUGUUGGUCUGUCCUAAUAAAAUCCACUGAAGUUUGUGGCAGUAACACAAAAAACUAAAAAAAUUGAGUAUGAAUAUUUUUACAGGCACUGUCACCUGUAAUUAUCCCCCAUUUAAAAAUAAGAGUGAAAUAUUUCUUGUGAGUUAUCUCAGAAAGUGAACCGGUCAUUUUAUAGAGACUCAUUAGGCAUAGAGCAAAAUACUUCACGCUAUGUUUUUUUUUUUUUGCAAUUUUAAUGGCUAUUGCUUACAGGUAAAAAAAAA